UUACCCUUUUUCUUAUUUUCUUGUAUCUCCUCUUUGUUAUGUUCGAAGAAAAAAAUUAUCAAACUGUUGAAGGAAUAGAUAACCCCAUGACAACUCCUCAUCAUGAUAUGAUCAAUGAAGUUGGUGUGAUGCUCGUAGAUCACGACAAAGAGUUUGUUAUUCAGAUGGUUGACUUGCUAAAGUCUUAUGCAUAUAAGGUUAUGACGGUUGAUAUGGCUUCCACAGCCAUGAGAAUUCUCUCCAAAGGAAAGGAAAAAAUCGAUGUGAUGAUAGUCAAUGUCCAUUCACCCGAUUUACUUUCUUUUCAACUUUUGGCUAAAGCUGUAGCCUUGGAUAUUGUUUCACUCGUUACAUGUGAUGAACACGAUGAAUCCUUAGCAAAGAAGGCUUUGGAAGAUGGAGCUUAUCUUUACCUAAAAAAGCCACUUGACGAGGAAAUUGUGCAAUACUUAUGGCAAUUUGCAUUGAGGGAAAACAUAAAAAGGGAGAAAGCGGGGGAAAGAUUAGAAGAAAAUGAAGAUCAGAUGAGUGUUGGUGAUGCUGAUGAUACUGGUAACAAUAAUAUUUUGGUAGAUGAAGGACAAGCUGCAGAGAAGAAUAUUCGUAAUACUGAGGAACAGAGCAAUAAAUACAAGUUGAGGAUAAAGAGAGGUAGAAAAAGCUCAAAAGAGAUUAAUGAAGGAAAGAGCCACAGGAGUGCUAUUAAUAAGACUGUUAGGCGAAAGGUGUGCACAGAAUGGACUGUGGAUCUUCAUGCCAAAUUCAUGGAUGCUAUGCAGCAACUUGGUGAUGGAAGAUGUUACCCAAAAGAAAUUCUUGAGGUGAUGAAUGUGCCUGGUCUUACCAGGAUGCAAGUUGCAAGCCAUCUUCAGAAAUGUCGUAGCAACAAUUGGAGAGCUCCAAAAGAGCGAAAAUCUAUUCGUAAGCCAUCAGGUCAAGGAUCCUCAAGUGGUUCUCAACAAAGACGUGGCUUUAGAAGAUAUGGGACAAUGCCUCGUCUUCAAACAAGUGUUCCAAAUAUGCAACAUCAACGUAACCCAGAUCAAACCCAAAGAGGCCCAGAGUUUCCGUUUCCAACAAUCAAUACCAACAACAUUUUUACUAGAGGAGAGAGUUCAACUCAGCAGCACCUCUAUCACCCACAACUUCAUAUUCAACCACACUACCUCAACACUGACAACCCAUUCAAUAACCCAUUUUUGUUGCCCCAAAAUAAUGCUAGUGGUGAGCUACAGCAACAACAUGGGUCAUUCUUUGGAAUGUCGGGUUCACAAGGACUACAAGGUCCAAUUAUUGAGAGCACUAAUUAUAGGUCUGGGUUGGCGUUUAACAUUGAGGAUUAUCAUACUCAAAAUGACUACAACUCUGAUCUCCAUGUGACCUAUGUAACAACAUAUUCAGGUAGUGCAAUAAUGUCUGAUACAGCCAUUCGAAAUGCGACAAUCAAUGAAUUAGGAGCAGUUAAUGCUAAUUUCCAGCAAUACAUUGGUGAACCAAACAUGUCUAAUUCAAGCAAUAUUAUCCCGACAUCACAUGCAAGUGAUACUGAAGGAAGUGAUUCAAAUGAGAGGGAAAAUUGUGAUGCGUAUUUCGAUUUCAAUAAUAUGGGUUAUCUCUUCCAAAAUCUUGAACCUGCAAGUGCUAACUUACCUAAUGAACAUGACGGUGAGAUUGAUCAAGUUUACUCUGAUGAUCAGGUGGACAAGUGUUCAGUUUCCAGAAAUAGCAAGUUGUUCUGACAAAUCAUCAGCAUGAUGAUCCAAUGCUACCAGAGACUAUCAGUGACAACUCUCAUUAGAGAUUUUUGUAGUGACAAGAUUGUUUACUCAAGUGAAAUUGCCAUCUUUCAUUUUUCUGGAGACUAUUAUGUUUCAUUUAACUUGGAUUGCUGAAACUAAUGGUAUUUUGCUUUUUUAGCGUUCAGA